UGAAGAAGAAAUGGCACACCCUGGUGAGAUCAAUUUAAAUCCUUCCACAAAAGCAGUGGUGUAGUGAUACUCCUGCUGGGACGCUUGCGACAACAUAACGGGCCAACGAUAUGUGCUCAAAUCAUAUAUAUAGUGACCAUCACGUUUAUUCUUGUAUCAACACCUCUCACAGCCCCUUGGCCGCUCACUCGCAUAAGCUGCUCAUUCUUGCACCUAUCAUUGAGGGCUCUCUGGGAGGAUGGUCGACCUUGACCGGUGCUAAUACGGCCUACAUCGUUGAUUGCACAUUUCCUGGUUCGCGUGCAACUAUUUUCUCCCGUUUCACUGGCGUCCUCUGUAUCGGACUUGCUCUUGGGCCCAUGCUCGGUGCAUGGCUGAUCAGGCACCCGAUCCCUUUUCUGAAUUCUGGAAACGCCGAGCACCCACUACAAAGCGUCACAUCAGUUUUCUGGGUAGCGAUUGCUUGCUCUUUCGUGAAUUUAAUUUUGGUGCUCUUUGUGUUCCCCGAAUCGCUUCCCGCUUCUCGUCGAGCGUCAAAUAGGAAAGGUAAGGGUCGAGCUGUUGAGAGUAGUCCAAUCUUCCCUAUCAGCAAGGCCGAUGAAUCAUCCCAGGGAUGGGUAGCAACUCGCAUCAUCCGAAGAUUCCUAUCACCCCUCGCUGUCUUCCUCCCGUCCCACGUUCCUGUGGCUGCUAGCGCCACUGGAGACUCACUCGUGCCCUAUCGCACACGGAAAGACUGGGGUCUGACAUUCAUUGGCCUGUCGCUCUUCUCGCACAUGCUGGCUUCAGGGAUCUUCCAGAUCAAGUACCUCUACGCGGAACAUAUCUACGACUGGGCAGCUGAACAACUGAGCUACUAUAUCUCCUUCAUGGGGGCUUGCCGUGCUUGGCACUUACUCGUCUUGCUGCCAUUCCUUCUCUUAAAGUUCAAGCCCGUCCGCGCUGCAGUUCCCGCCACAGAUGCACCUGCAAAUCCCGCGGCGCCUACGUCAAAGCCCAAGCCCACAAAGUCUCAUCUAUUCAGCGAAAUGCAGUUCGAUCUCCGCGUUGUGCGGUACUCCAUGCUCAUCGACUUCCUUUCGCACGCGCUAGUUGUCAUUGCGCCUCUGCCCUCACGCGGUGCGAAUGAUGCUUGGUGGUCCCAGUUCAUGUUCCGUGGGUGCAACGUCGCUCUCGUGCGUUGGCGCGGGGUUGAUGCCAGGCAUGCAAAGCCUCGCAUUGUGCACCCUCCAGGGACGUGCGCUUGCUACCAAGGAAGCUGCUGUCCGUACAGGCGAGGCUCAGGAGCACGACAACGACGCUGGGUUGGAGCCUGGAAAACUUUUCGGCGCUCUCGCUGUCCUGCAAGCCAUCGGCCAAACUAUCCUCGGGCCCAUGCUCUUUGGUGUCAUCUACAGCAGCACCAUAGCCUCCUUCCCCAAGGCUAUUUUCGCAACGGCCAGUGGCCUGGUACUGCUAUCAAUCGCGUUCACCAUUCUCGUCAGGCCAGAUGUUAGUCUCUCCAUGAAGAGACCCAAGGUCGCAGCCAAAGGAAAAACUGCCACUCGUCCUUAUGGUGCGAAGCCAAAACGGAAAUAUCAGGAGCA